AUGACCACCGUAGAAAAAAUCAAGGCCAUCGAGGAUGAGAUGGCCAAAACACAGAAGAACAAGGCUACCUCGUUCCAUUUGGGCCAACUAAAGGCCAAACUCGCCAAACUAAGAAGAGAACUCUUGUCAGACUCCACCGGCGGUGGAGGUGGAGGCGGUGCCGGGUUCGAUGUGGCCCGUACCGGUGUGGCCACCAUUGGAUUUGUGGGUUUUCCGUCCGUGGGAAAAUCGACGCUUUUAUCGAAACUUACCGGAACCCACUCCGAAGCGGCUGCGUACGAGUUCACAACCUUGACCACGGUUCCGGGUGUCAUCAAAUAUAAGGGUGCCAAGAUCCAGAUGUUGGAUCUUCCUGGUAUCAUUGAAGGUGCCAAGGAUGGUAAAGGUAGAGGUCGUCAGGUCAUUGCUGUGGCCAGAUCCGUCAAUUUGUUGUUCUUGGUGCUUGAUGUCAACAAGCCAUUGCAGCACAAACAGAUCAUCGAGAAGGAGUUGGAGGGUGUGGGUAUCAGAAUCAACAAAGAACCUCCCAACAUUGUCAUCAACAAGAAGGAGCGUGGAGGUAUCAACAUCACCACCACGUCGCCCUUGACCCACUUGGACGACGGAGAGAUCAAGGCGGUCAUGUCGGAGUAUAAGAUCAACUCUGCCAACAUUGCGUUCCGGUGCGAUGCCACCGUCGACGACUUGAUCGAUGCCAUCGAGGCCAAGUCCAGAAGAUACAUUCCUGCCAUCUACGUGUUGAACAAAAUCGACUCUUUCUCCAUCGAGGAGCUUGACUUGCUUUACAAGAUCCCCAACGCCAUCCCCAUUUCGUCCGGUAACGGCUGGAACUUGGACGACUUGUUGGAGAUGAUGUGGAGCCGCUUGAAGUUGGUCAGAGUGUACACCAAGCCCAAGGGUAAGCUACCCGACUUCAACGAGCCUGUGGUGUUGCGUAACGAUAGAUGUUCGGUGGAGGACUUCUGUAACUCCAUCCACAAGUCGUUGGUGGAGGAUUUCAGAAACGCGGUGGUGUUUGGUACCUCUGUGAAGCACCAGCCGCAGAUUGUUGGUUUGUCUCAUCCGUUGCAGGAUGAGGAUGUCAUUACCAUCUUGAAAAAGUAG